GAAGCUUUAGGAACGAAGGACUUAUGGCGGAGGUGGGUCCCGGGAGAGCCACAGGCUCGCGGCUGGGUCUGGGCCUGCGUCUCGGCCAUCGGCGACCUCAAACCUGGGAGAUUUCCGACUCAGACGGUGAAGGUGUCCCCGCUAGGGAGGUCGGCACGCAAGCCCCGAGUACAGUAGGAGAGCGCAGAGCUGCGGCCAAGGCUUUACGGGCAGAUCAGGUUAUGGGGCGACUGGUGGUGUGCGUGGACCCAGCUGUCCUGGAAGAUGCAGGCUCGGACAUCCUGAUGGAGGCGCUGGGCACGCUAGGCUGUGAAUGUCGCAUCGAACCGCAGCACCAGGCCCGCAGCCUGCGGUGGAACGUUGUGAGGCCCGACCCUGCCCACAGCAAUGUGCCUCUGGAGGCGAAGGCUGAAAACGAGCAGGAACAGUUGCUGCUGCUGGAACCCCAGGAAUUUCUUCAGGGUGCCGUGCAGCUGACCCAGGUCACAGAUCCACCUAGCUCCAUCCCCUGGCUUUCUCCCAAGAAUCUCACCCGCUCCCAUCUGGCUAUCAUCGGACUGGACGCAUACCUGUGGUCUCACCAGCCCAGUUCUCAGAAGACAUGGCAACUAAAGAAGUCAAAGGAAGCCCAUGCCAGGGUAGCCAUCAGCUGGGCUGAGGUGGAAGAGGCCCUGGUGCUGCUGCAGCUCCAUGCAAGCCUGGACGUGCUGCUGGUGGCCUCGUGGCAGGAGCUGAGUCAGUACGUGUGUGCCUUCACCAGGGCCCUCUCGCAGCUCCCCUCGAAACAGCUCCGGGACUCCCAGGCCUUUUCUUUCUGCACAGCAGGGCACUGGGCCUCAGGCCAGCAAGUGACCAGAGAUGGCUCUGGGCUCAGAGGAGUGUGGUGGCGACAAAUCAGACAGUUCAACCGGGUCAGCCCAGGUGUGGCUGACGCUAUUGUUACUGCCUUCCCAUCACCCCGCCUUUUGCAAGAGGCUCUCCUGGACUGCAGCACAGAGCGGGAACGCCUGAGCCUCCUAGCUGACCUCCCUGUGAAGGCCCACAGCGGCAAGCAACCUCGCAGAGUGGGGCCUGACCUCUCACGCAGAAUCUGUAUCUUCUUGACCACCACCAACCCUGACCUCCUGCUGGACCUGAGCUCUUAACCUGUGCCAUCCUUGGGUCACCUCCUGCCCAUCAGUACAACAGGACAAGUCUGCCCAAGAAUCUAAUUAUCCUGUGGGGCAGGCAAGGAGGUUUGGGUCCAGCCCAUACCUUUUUCAGACUGUGGUAGACAGACUCUGUAGCCUGAUGGUCAAAUGGAAAUAACCAUGGGAGCUGGGGGAGAGGGUAAGGGAAGCUGAGGUGAACAGAAGAGUGGAGGGUAGUGGCUGCAAGGGCCCUAGGGUGACCUGGGUCUCAACGUGGCUUUGGCCUGGCCCCUUGUUGCAGGAAGCUUAGUAGCAGGUCUGAGUGCCCAGUUGUACUAUUAUAGCCCUAUGCUGACUGGAAGCUUAGGGUGCACCCUCAGAGAGGUACUCAGAUCCAAGCCGGGCUCUCUCAAAGCUGCCGGACAGAGGCAGAUAAACAAUAGACACAGGCAGCUCGGGUACU